CUGUAUCACCCUACAAAUCAAUUGUAAGUUGUUUAGUAGAAGUUUAUAAAAAUAAAAAAAGUAAAUUAUGCGGGCAUCUUAUGAGAUCAGUAGACAGUUUAACGGAAAAUUAUAUUAGGCAUUUAGCAACACAACAUGGUAUUACAGAAAGUUCACAUAAUAAAAAAAUAAAACAACUUUUAUCUUCGCAACUUCAAAUUGAUAAAAUAAUUUAUAAUCAUCUGGAACGUAAGCGUCAUUUAGAUCAAAGAUUUGUUGAACUUUUAAUUAAAGAUCAACAACCAAUAAAUAUUCGAAAUGAUGAAG